CACUACAUCUUCGUUUUCAAACCUCCUCUGCAUCACGAGACAGCUGAACCUGCAUCCGCCCUUUCUCGCUUGCUCCGUUCUAUUACUGAUCCGGUCCCUCGACUUUGACAUCCGACUGACCGUGCGCGCUGCGAUACAUCGUAUAUACUCGCGUCCAAGAUGAGGAUCUCAAAAAAUUCAAAAAUGAUGAACCUGAUCAACUUCAGGUUAAGGAUCACAUUGUCGGACUCUCGCGUAUUGACGGGUCAGAUGCUGGCCUUCGAUAAGCACAUGAACUUGGUUCUGGCAGACUGCGAGGAGUUUCGAAGGGUGAAAUCUAAGACAGGCGGUAAAACUGCUUCGGGACAGCCUGAGCGCGAGGAAAAGAGGACAUUGGGCUUGAUCAUCCUUCGUGGUGAGAUCAUUGUAAGUCUAAGUGUUGACGGGCCCCCUCCACCAAGCACUGAAGACCAAAAGGCGCGCAUCUCACAGCUAUCUGCAGGAGCAGGUAUGGCAGCACCUGCUGGCCGUGGUAUGCCUGUUGUGCCUGGCGCGGCUCCCGGAUUGACAGGACCCGUUCGUGGCGUUGGUGGACCUGCGCCAGGAAUGAUGUUGCCUCGUGGCCCUGCCGCUGCCGCGCCCCCGAUGUCGUAUGGCCGCGGCAUGCCUCCUCCAGGAGCUAUUCCUCCGCCUGGCAUGCCUCCAAUAGGGUUCCGCCCUGCACCCGGCAUGGUCCCACCUCCCGGCAUGCCUCUAGGCAUGGCCCCACCUCCAGGGUUUAGACCCAUGGGUCAACCAGGUAGUGUUGCUCCUCCAGGAUUUCGCCCACGUCCUGGGAUGCCCCCAGGUGCACCCCCACCAGGAUUCCCUCCAGGCUUUGCCCCUGGCCCCCCUCCUCCAGGAUUCCAAGGUCCCCCACCAGGUUUCCGUCCCCCACCUCCCGGUUUCAGGCCCCCACAGUAAAGGACUUUGAACGAAAGAACAAUUUCUAGGACCAGCUCUCUAUUUUUUGCAUGCUUUUUAUUAAACCGCAAUACUAUUCCAAUUGGUGCCUGCGCGCUUCAAAAGACAUGAAUUUUUUGAGUACAAUAAGGGUGGUGGAGAGUAGAAUAUGCAUAUCAGACUGCCGCUUUACAAAAAGGUCUAGC